AUCGCUCUGUCAUUUUGAAUUAGUAGACAAGCUAGAAGUCUUCUGCUCUAACUUGAAUGUUAGGUUUGUUGGGUUUGGGUCGUGAGAAUAACUUACUCCAACUGGUUUGUCUCUCACUGUGAUCUGCUUCCUCUCUUCUAUUGUGAAGCUUUUACUUUGUUGCGGAUGACAGUUGGGUCUUCGUUGGCCUAUUUGUUGUUUUUGAAUUACUUGGCUUGAAGAGAGUUUCUUGUGGCCCAAACUGCUCUCUUUGAGUUCCGUUUGUUGUAUAUCAUCAAUACACACAAAAAAAACGUGUCUUACCUUUAACAACAAGAAAGGUAGUGUGGUAUGGUAGGCCAUACAGAAGCUAAAACCUAGUCAUGUAAUGAGCCGUUGAAAACUUUAAAUUAUACUCCUUCUGUUCAUAAAUGUACGAAGUUUUACAGAAUUUUGAUGUUCUAAUAUAUAAGAUGUUUUCAUUUUUCUAGAUAACUUUUAUUUUAUUAAAAACUGUGUACUCAAUCAUAUUUAAAUAGUCUAUUUUAUAAUUAGUUGAAUACCAUUAAUUUAUAGUUUUAACGAUGCUUUCUAGACAAAAAGUAAUUUUCUUAAUAUGUGUGUUUCUACUUAAACAUCUUAUAUUUAGGAACAGACGGAGCAUUUCGUUUUUUAAUGUCAACAAACUUUUAUACAUUAAAGGGAAAGAAAAUACUAAAUUUCAGCAGAACUUUAAGAUUCAAAAAUCAGCUUCAUCAUUCCAAGCUUCUUUCUUUUUAUAUUCCUGAGACCUCAUCAAUAUUUUAGAGGAAUAUUUGACUGAUUAUUACGAGACGAACUCUUUUGUUUGUAUAGUUUAAUGAAUUUAGUUUUCUUUCUCAAAAAAAAAAAACUUUAGAAAAAGAAAUUAAGUUGAUGAUAAUUUUCAAUAAAUGUUUCUUUCUGCUGGCCCAAGUUCAUAAACUUUCUGCUUUUAAUGAUAUGGACACGGCAUCAUAAUUGUUUUUUUUUGGGUCAAGCAUGGCUAAAUGUGAAUGAAUAAAACUUUCCUUUAUUUUGGUCUUGAUUACUUUAUUAGGUAUAAUCUUGUCUAAUUUAGCAUUUUAGUUUCCUUUUGUACAGAAAAAUUUCGUGUUUUUUGUAAUACUUCUGAACCAUCAAUUGUUCUCUCAGCGUAUCUGUGAACUUGCUCGUCCACAAAACUCGUGUUCUUUUGUAAAUCUAUCACAGGUACAAUAUAAGAUUCUUUCUUUAUUCCAUUGCUUAGAUUCUUGUUCCAGGACAUGACUGCUCAGGAACUGUAAUUUUUGUUGUAAUUAAUUGGUAUCAUGAAGUUAGUUUAGAGACAAUAGAUUAUAGUAUUGUUUGCAACUGCACAGAGAUGGUAGGAAGAAGCUACAGCUUAAACAUGCGUGGAGUUGAGUCCCAGGAUCUUAGGAUAGCUCUUUAUGAAAUGAAGGAAGAUGCUCAGAGACUCCAAGAAGAGUUAGACGCCGAGAGAGAAGCCACUGCCACGUCAGCGAGCGAAGCCAUGUCAAUGAUUCUAAGGCUCCAAGGAGAAAAAGCGGCUUUGGUUAUGGAAGCUAGCCAGUACAGGAGAAUGGUGGAGGAGAGAAUGUCUCACGCUGAGCUGUCCCUUGAGCUUUUGGAGGAUCUGAAUUACCAGAAAGAAGUUGAAAUCAAGAAUCUCGAAAGCAGAUUAUAUGCCUACAAAUGCAAGCUUCUGAACUUGGGAUGUAAGGGAACCGAUGAUGAUCGUUCUUUUAGUGAUAUGAGAUGGUGCGAUAGAUCUCCAGAACCGGUUGACACAGAUGUUUUGGUUCCUGUGGAGAAGGAAGUAAUUGAGCAGAGCUUGGAUCCAUCAAGAAGACAUCAGGAGAAGAAUUUAGAUUUGUGUUGGGAUCAGAUCAAGAAGCUAGAUGAACAAUUAAAAGAGCUUACAGAUUGUAUAAAAAUGGAGACGUUCUCUGUGUCAGAAACUAAGAAUGGAGAAAUAAGUGAAGCUUUUGCUGCAAGCUCGUCAAACAUUCAAGAUAUGGUUCCAAAGGUGUGCAAGAAAUCAUCUAAACGGAAGAGGAAAAUAAGCGUAAAGAGAGAUCAUGUACAAGGUGGUUUUUCUGAAAAUGAUGCAGAGUAUCAAGCAGAGUUGCAGCGGUUGAGAGAGAGAGUAGAGCAGCUUGAGCGGGCGAGAUGCAACGCAGAGCCUCAAACUAGUGAAGUAAAGCAAGAAGAAGAGUUAAGUUUUGUCCAAGCUGAAAUGAAGAAUUCAAGAACAACUGUGGAGUUAUUUCCUUGUUAUGACUCAGCUAUUGUCUCUGUCCAAGAGGCAAUGCUUUAUUUCUGGCUGUGAGACAUGCCUGCACUUGGUGGCAUUAGAGUGAGUAAGAAUACACUAACUGAGCUUUCUACAAAUAGGAAGAUCAUCUUUGAUUUAAUCAAGAAGUAUACAAGCCUGUAAGUGUGUCAUAAGGUGUGAUUGAGAUUGUAUUUGUGUUAGUUUUGUUUGCUUGUAGCAAGAUCUACCUUUUUUGUGUAGCUGAGCGUUUGGGAAGCAAAUAUGGUUCUGUUUGCUAGAUAUUUCAUAUCAGAUAAUUAAGAGAAGAAUGAAAGUGAAAGUUACCAACC